AUGACUGUUUCGUUUCCUCUUCUUCGUUUGCCAGCAGUGGCACUUCGUGAAGUACUUUUGAACUUUGGAACGAUGGAUUUACUUGAAUUCUCCUUCACCUCCACCAGAGUGAGAGACUGUGUCUUUCGUUCAGCGAGACUGCGUGUAAUCGAACAUAAUGUGGAAUUCCUGAAAGAAUGUCCACACAUUGUCACAGUCUUCAAAAACGACGACGGUCUACACGAACACAAAUUAGAAUGGGAGUUCGUCGGAGGUCAAAUGGCAGGAAAAUCGCAUCAAGAAGAGAGGAGAAUAGGAUGUCAUCGGUUCGAGAAAUGUCAUAAGAAUGGAAACAUAAUCCAAUGUCACUUUCACAACCCAGAGUUCGGAGCAUCUGUCGUGUUUAAUCACAUUUCGAAGAUCUUCCAAGGACCGGUCAACCUUUUCCUAGAUCUGAGUCACAUCCGAAAUCUCUAUUCAAUUCUUCUCAAUCAAAACAUCUCGGAAUGUCAAAAACUAGAGGUGUAUGAAGGAUAUAAUAAUGAACAGAAUGACGAAGAUUUGUAUGGAAUUCUGGAUAUGGUAAAUAUCGGAAAAGAAUUGAAGGCGUAUGUCACAAAUCAAGAUGAGAUUGAUUUUGAUCAGAUAUGUCACUUGGAAAGUCUCACUUUGGAGAAUGCCAACUGGAUGACUCUUCCCGAUUUGAUCUCUUUGAAUUGUCGGUACGGAAGCUUCAUUAAUCACAAGUUUGGACCAUCUGAUGUUAAUUCAUUUGCUGAAAAUUGGUACAACUCUACGAAUAGGACACUGGCAAAAAUGCAAUUGGGAUGGGAUGUCGACACUGAACUGGAUUUGAAGAAAAGCAAGUUGGAAUGGAAGAAAUGGGAUCCGAAAAUCAGAUCGAGAUGCUUUUAUGACCCAAGUGAACCAUAUCAUUCGAAUCGUAUUGAUUGUUCUGAAGGAUACGACAUCACUCGUUCGGACGGUCUAACUGCGACAAUUCUCGUUCGAGACGGUUUCGAAUGCUAUGCUCUUUUUCUUGUUUGGCAUGAUCCUUAUCCAGAGAAGACCCGGUUGAAUCAACUGCGUGAACGAAUGACUGAAGAAUUCAAAAAGUUCGAAAACGUUUUUGAGAGUCAUCGUGGCAAUGAGAAGUAUGUGACCGUCGGGAAGAUUGUUAAGAGUUGGAUAGAAUCGAAGGAAAUUGCACACUUAUCAUUUGAAGAAUGGAAGUAUGCAUUGGAUUAUAUAUCUGAAGAUACAUGCCAUCUGUACAAUCGAAUUGUGAAAAAUGUGAACGAUAUUCAGAAGGAAAUCAAGCUAUGGGAAUCUGUAGAUAAUACUAACAACUGUAUUCUUUGA